AUGGAGAGAAAGACUAGGAAGGAUCAGAUGUUGUGCCAGAGGUGCAAGCGAUGCUUCACAGAUUCUUCAAACGACGCUUCCUCUUGUCGUUUUCAUCCUUCCUUGUUCGUUUGUCGUCGCCACGAUGACCAGAAAAGGUACUAUGAAUUGGGACCUGAGGAUCCACCGUAUGCAGCCAAGUUCUACGAUUGUUGCGGGGCAGAGGAUCCUAAUGCACCGGGCUGUGUCACCAGCGCUCACAUUUCAUAUGAUGACAACUGA